CGGGAUCCAGGAAUAACCCCAGAGUUUAGGGUUAGCACACAAGUAUAGCACCCAAUAUCGGGUCGGACCAGUGUUAUGCCAACAAUGGACCCACCAAAAUAUUGGGUGCCUCAAUGCAGGACACGGCGACCCGACCGAAUUAGUCGACUCGAUUCGCAAAGACGACGACGGUAGGCAGCCAAAGCUUCGAUGAAAGACUAAUUUUUUCUUCCUGUACAGCGGCAGCAGUGAUUCCAGGGCAAUUUUACUCGACAGGAUUUGAAAUUGCCCAGCCUUACUAAGUCUUCCGAGAACAGCAUUCCUUCUCUAGUGGUGCCAUCGGAGCUGACGCAAAGCCAUACAAGGUGCGCUAUGGCGACGGAGGCGACCGAGGUGCCUUUAAUUUUGUAUGAAACACUGGCGCCUCUAGGGGAAGCUGACGAUGAUCAAUCUUCGUUCCAGCUUCCUUUUAAAACAUCGAAUUCGAAGAUUGUCGAAGACAAUCCAAAGUCUGGGGCCGCCGUGAAGUCAGUGGAUGUCGUCUCUAGUGAUACAUCAUUUGUAUCAGUCAAUGUGCGUCAACAAAUUAGACGUGGAUUUGAGGAGAAUCUAGCGCUAUCUGUUCAUCAGAGUAAUGAGAGCAGAGACACUGGUGCUAGUUCUGAUAAUGAGCAAGAAACGGUUGUCUCAGCAAGGGCCACAAGAGAACUGAAAGAUGUUUCAAGUUUUACUCUUGAAACUGUCGAAAAUCAAAUGGAAGUCGUGGAGCUUAGCAGUAGCAGAGAUGAUGAGGAGAUUGGUUUCCUGUCCUUGGAACCGGAGGAUUCUGUCGACACCCACCCGGAAGACCAGGGCCGGAUAAAGGCAGAGCAUGACUUAAUUCUGUUAGAGAGUGUAAAUCGGGCACCCAAAGAAGUGCCACCUUGGGCUCGUACAGGAGCGACACAUGGAACUUGGUUCAGAAGUCCCUUUUUGCAGCUACACCAAGAGAUAGUCGACUUUUGUAACUUUGUUACUCCAACGGAGAAAGAGCAGAAAAUACGAGAUGAUGCAGUUCAACGCGUAAGAGAAGUCGUUAUGUCGAUUUGGCCUUCUUGCCAGGUCAAAGUGUUCGGGUCGUUUGCCACUGGGCUGUAUUUGCCGACGAGUGAUGUUGAUGUAGUCAUCUUGGAGUCUGGGUGUCAAGUACCACAAGAUGGACUAAAAGCUCUUGCCAAAGCUUUGAAUCGGAAGAAUCUGGUGAAAAAUCUCCAGGUAAUUGGGAAGGCCCGCGUGCCCAUUGUGAAAUUUGUAGAGGCAGAUAGCAACAUACCUUUCGACAUCAGCUUUGACGUGGCAAAUGGUCCCGAAGCAGCCGAUUUUAUCAGGGAAGCAAUGAUCAACCUUCCACCGCUGAAACCUUUGUGUAUGGUGCUGAAAAUAUUUUUACAACAGCGAGAACUUAAUGAGGUUUAUACUGGUGGAAUUGGGUCGUACGCCUUACUCGUCAUGCUCCUCACUCAUCUACAGAUGCACCCAAGCCGGAAGAACUUUAACAGCCGAGGUGAACCUUGUCCGCUCGAAAGUAAUCUAGGCGUACUUUUGGUCGACUUUUUUGACUUCUAUGGACGUGCUCUCAAUGUAAGAGAUGUAGGUAUAUCUUGUCGAAGUGGGGGAAGAUUUUUCUGUAAGAGGUCUCGAGGAUUUGCGGACAAUGGUCGGCCUUUCCUUCUCUCUGUGGAAGACCCUCAGAAACCAGACAAUGACAUUGGCAAGAAUUCUUACAACGUUACAAAGGUCCGGUCUGCAUUUGUGCUAGCGCAUCGUUUACUGACAAAGUUGGAAGUUGAAGACGUUCCUGAGCAUGUGGGCUUGCUGGGGCGCAUCGUACGCAUGGAUAACGUACUGACUACAAGAGAUGUCGUUCUUCCGGAGUUGCCACCAAGGUUGCCCUCGGCAAAGAAGUUGUCAGGGAACCCAUCUUCUUCUGGAGUCUCCUCUGAGAAAGGAAUUCUAACCCCAGAAGUCGUCGGUAGAUCCCGGUGGCAUGAAGAUGAAGACUUCCCCAGAGGUGGUGAUUCGGAAAAGCUGUCUCGCAAAAGAAAGCGUGCAAAGGAUCGGGCGGAAAAGAUCUCCAAAGAAAAUUCUUUACCUUCACCUGUUAUAAUGCGUACACACAAGCGCAAGAGGGGUGAAGUACCACAGGUUAGCGAUACCCCAGGCUCAUCUUCUGUCAGGGGUCGAAAAUCUAAGAUCAGAAAGGAGUUGGAAAUUGCUGAUCCUGUUCCAAGCAGCAGCCGUGAAGUGAAACUAUCUGUUAAGGAAAGGCUUGGCCCCAUUGAGAAGCCACUUGGAAAGGGGAAAAGUGCCAAACAACCAAAGGUGUCCAAAAGAGAUUUCAUCGACCUGACAGAAGAUGUAGAAGAGCAGUCCACGCACGUUAGAAGUAAUAAGCGAUCUAAGCGACACCAAAGAGAGGACUCUCACGAGGAAGGUGAAAUUACGUUGGAAGAUGAUGCUACAUUCGGUCGCGUGGGCAACAGGCGUGACUUAGCUCAAGAAGAUGAGGUAGAUGUUGGUGCCGGUAAUGGCCACAACAAACACAAACGGUGGUUCAGUGAAACCAAGGUCAGAAAUCGACAGAGAGGUGAACAAGCCGAGGAGGUUAUAACUAGAAACGGCAGAAUCAGUAGGAAGAUAAUGGUCACGAAUGCCCACAAGAAGAUAACGUUUUCUUAGUAUGCCUGCCACCCCCACGAAAGGGCUUCAUCAGGGUGCUCGUGGCCGAUUAUGAAGUUCACAUACCUGUCCGUCUCCCAGUGUUUUCUACUCUGGCUUACUCGGGAAGAGGAUGCUUUACACGAUCGUAGGAAGGAUCCGUUAGUUCCGUUAUUUGGAGCAAGAAAGAGGAGCAACCUUGUGAUGUCUUCAAUUUUCAUUUCACACACCUGCCGAGUAUGAGUGCAUUGUUGAAGGGCAAAAGAGAUUGACUGGGCCAUCUCCGAACUGGAGACAGGAGAAACUGUCGUGUUUGCCUCUGUCUCUCCCCACAGCACUGAGAGGCUAUUGUGCUCCAGCAACAGCAAGUCCAUGAGUCAUAUCAAUGGAACGGGAUGCGCUAGAACAGAGGACUAGAGAGAGCUUCCUUCAUGUCUACUGAGUGAAAAAUCUAAUGAUAGGUGUAUCCAAAGAUACUGCCAGCUGGUGCAGCCAAACAAGUCUACUGCACAUCAGUGGAGAACUUGGAUUGCAAGACGUGUCUCAGGACUCGGUCUAAUCUGUGCAAGCGAGAAAAGGGGACUAUCUUUUUAGAUCAGAGAAGCUGCAACAAUGCUGAGCUGAGAAUGAAGGCUCUUCUCUGUGACACCAAAGGUUGGUCUAAGAAAUUUUUGUACAUAUGCAUGAGUUAGGAAAAAACUAUCCGGAAAAGUUUCUCACGGAAUUGGUGAGGUCUUUGUCUUCUUUGGUAACUACUUCGACCUUACGAGGAUGAAGUAUCUUCCUCAAAAGAGUCUCGUGAGUUCUUUUUGCAUUACCAUCUGUCGUCAUGACUCUGUCGCCUCACUCUGUUACCAAUCUGCACUCCACGAAGUCCAUACGCACUUGAGUUCGGAGUCACUAUUGACGUUGCAAGUGCUGUUUAGGAUAGCAUUAUCUGGGCUUGUACGUUCAAGUCUUAUUCCUUGUGAGCUUGUGGGAUAUUCAUCUUUGCUCGUGGGCUUGUAUCUGCAAGUCAGCAUUACAGGAAUCCUACCUUGGUACUAAAAGAGACGCAACAGCCGUUUCAUCUGAGCUUUUUGGAGAAAUAUAUCUAAUGUCGUAAACUACACAAUUCGCCCACCCUUAGUGGAUGUGGAGAAUAUCUUUUGGCUUGAGUAAUAUGUUGGUGCAUUGUGAGAAAUGGUGUCGAAUAUGGCCGCAUUUUUGAAAGUGUCAAUGUAUGUGUUGUAGGUGUAGAAAGCUCGAACGAAUAGAUUACGUAACGUUGGACAUAAUUUUUUUUCACUUUCUCCCGGACACCUCAUGCAGUUAA